AUGUCGUCCAAUAUCACUAGGUGCAUGAAUGAGGCAGCAAAGCGGAUCAUGUGGGAGUGCAUUGUGGAAAGGAACAACAGCAUUGAGAUUCCAGAUUGUUCUCUCUCAAUUUUGUGGAGUAAUCAACGGCAAGUGUUGUUGUUUUUGCUGCUGGCUUUGAGCAACAACGAAGUAAGAGUAAAUGGUGAUGGUGGUGGUUGGCAAUGUGAAUUUAAUGGGACACUAAAACCAAGACCACACAGUGUCUCCAUUUUGGAGUUUGGUGCAGUUGGGGAUGGUAAAACAUUGAACACUAUUGCAUUCCAGAAUGCUGUCUUCUAUCUCAAGUCAUUUGCUGACAAGGGCGGAGCUCAGCUAUAUGUACCACCGGGUACAUGGCUCACUCAAAGUUUCAAUCUUACUAGCCACCUUACCCUCUUUUUGGAAAAAGGUGCUGUCAUUAUUGGAUCUCAGGAUCCAUUUCACUGGGAAGUUGUUGAUCCCUUGCCUUCUUAUGGCCGAGGAAUCGAAGUUCCUGGGGGAAGAUAUCAGAGCUUGAUAAAUGGAUACAUGUUACAUGAUGUGGUCAUAACAGGUAAUAAUGGAACCAUUGAUGGCAUGGGAUUGGCUUGGUGGGAAUUGUUUGGCUCUCAUUCCCUGAACUACAGCCGUCCUCAUCUGAUUGAAUUAGUGGCAUCUAAUUAUGUGGUAGUUUCAAAUCUUACAUUCUUGAACGCCCCUGCAUAUAGCAUCCACCCAGUUUAUUGCAGCAAUGUACAAAUUCAAAACAUUUCAAUCUCUGCUCCUCCAGAAUCCCCAUAUACUGUUGGGAUAGUACCAGAUUCUUCUGAUCAUGUUUGUAUAGAGGAUUGUAUCAUUGCCAUGGGCUAUGAUGCAAUUGCCCUCAAAAGUGGCUGGGAUGAGUAUGGCAUUGCUUAUGGAAGGCCCACUGAGAAUGUACAUAUCAGAAGGGUGCAUCUUCAAGCAUCUUCUGGAUCUACUAUUGCAUUUGGCAGUGACAUGUCUGGUGGCAUUUCAAAUGUUCUUGUGGAGCAUGCUCAUCUUUACAACUCAAAAAGUGGCAUCGAGUUCAGAACAGCCAAGGGAAGAGGUGGUUAUAUGAAGGAUAUUGUUAUAUCAGACAUAGAAAUGGAGAAUAUCUACACAGCAAUCUCAGCCAAAGGUGCUUGUGGGUCUCAUCCUGAUGACAAAUUUGAUCCAAAUGCUCUCCCACUUUUGGAUCACAUUAUUUUGCAAGACAUGACUGCCACAAACAUCACUGUUGCUGGAAGCUUUGCUGGACUACAAGAAUCUCCCUUCACUAAUAUAUGCCUUUCCAAUAUAACCUUUUCUUUAAAUUAUGUUUCUCCCAUUACUUGGGAAUGCUCAAAUGUCUCUGGAUUUUCAGACUCUGUUCUCCCCAAACCCUGUCCUGACCUUGAGACUCCUUCAGAUUAUUCCUCUUCCUGUCUCUCCCUGAUGAGUAUUAAUGGACAAGCUGCAGUCCUGUGAUAAUCCUUUAUCAACAAAAGGUUCAUAUACUUGAGUUCCCUGUUUCAUGUUUGAUGAAAAAAGUGAAUAGCCAUUUUCUAUCUCAGA